AUGGGAACUUUUGAGAAGAUUUUAAGGCAGUUGGCAACUAGGAAGGGGAAAGAAAAGAUGAUGGGUUCACGGGCCAAAGUUGUGUAUAGUCAACGGACGGAUGGAGAUGAAUGGCCUUCGUGGGGUCCACUGGCAACUGGUGGUGGGCUUGCGAAGGAGCCUCCCUGA